AUGGCGGUCAUCUGCGCUGCAGAACGCAAAGGCUCCGCUGCCAUUAUCCAGCUCUUUCCUUGGACUAUGCAUUUCCAGGGAAGUGAGUUUAUCCGCUACGUGGUUCAAGCCGCUCAUGCGGCGUCUGUGCCGAUUGCGGUACACCUGGACCACUGUAUCAAGCCCGAUGACGUGGAGAAAGCAUUGAAACUCCCUUUUGAUUCAAUCAUGGUUGAUGCUUCGACACUUGACGAGGAGGAAAAUAUUCUCCAAGUUAAGUCUGUUGUCGAUCGGGCCCGAGAACUCAACAUCACCAUUGAAGCGGAGAUGGGCCGAAUCGAAGGAGGCGAGGACGGUCUUCCCUCAGUGGAUAUGGGCACGGUUCUUACCCGACCCGAAGAAGCGAAGAAUUUUGUUCGGAAGACCGGUGUUCAUUUCCUCGCUCCGUCUUUCGGGAAUAUCCACGGUGGUUACCCGGCCGAAGGAGCAGAGAAGUCAUGGGAUCUUCCUCGCCUUGCUGCCAUCGGAGAGUUGGUCUCGGGAUCGACUCCAUUGGCCCUUCAUGGCACCCAUCCUGUGAGCGAUGAUCUCUUCCAAAGGACGAUUCCCCUAGGUGUACGGAAGGUAAACCUGAAUCGCACUGUUCGAGACGACUAUACCGAGUUUGUGGCCAAAAAUGCCGGAUCUUUGGAGUUGACUGUCCUUAAAAUGCAAGGCGUGGAAAUUUACGCCAAGUCCGUCGAGAGAAUGAUGGACAUCCUGGGAUCUUCGGGGCGAUACUAG